AGCUCGCUACUUUUAGCAACUGAGAUCUGGCAACCGUGAGCUGCACAAGCGUCCAGUGUGUGUUGACACUGUGUGGGAGGAGGAGCCCCUGUGUCAUGGAGGAACAAACACAUAGCCCAGCUGGUGGAGGCUGCCGAGUAGUGGAUCUGCGUAGCGACACCGUGGCCCACCCUUCCCAGGCUAUGAAGGAGGCCAUGAUGACGGCCCCUCUAGGCGACGACGUCUUCGGCGAGGACCCCACCGUGAAUGCGUUGCAGGAGAAGGUGGCGGCUAUGUUGGGCAAGGAAGCGGGUCUCUUCGUCCCUAGCGGCACCAUGGCCAACCUCAUCUGUGUUCUUCACCACUGCCAACACCGAGGCAGUGAAGUGCUCCUGGGGCACCUCAGUCACAUCCACUUGUGUGAGCAGGGAGGCAUCGCCCAGGUGGGCGGGGUACACCCGCGGACCUUGAAGAACCUGCCCGACGGGACCUUCAGCCUGGAGGAGCUGCGGCAGAAGGUGCGAGGCGAGAAUGACAUGUGGCCCGUUACUGCUCUUGUCUGCGUGGAGAACACUCACAACAUGGUCGGCGGGAAGGUCCUGUCCCUCGCCUGGCUCGAUGAGCUAGGAGCCACCUGCCGGGAGCUGGGUCUGCCGCUACACAUGGACGGCGCCCGGCUGUUCAACGCGGCCACAGUGCUCCAGCUCCCGGCCUCCAGGCUCGUCCAGGACUGCUCCACCGUCAACAUCUGCCUCAGCAAGGGCCUGGGAGCGCCCGUCGGCUCCGUCAUCGCUGGCUCAGCGGACUUCAUUCGCAGUGCUCGCCGCCUGCGGAGGGUCCUGGGUGGAGCCAUGCGGCAGGCUGGCAUCCUGGCGGCCGCAGGCAUCUACGCGCUCGACCGCUUUGAAACUACACUUGAUCGCGAUCACCGCAAUCUGCAGGACGUCGCCAGAGCCGUGGUGGAGUGUGAGAGUGAGGUGGUCAAGUGUGACCCAGAGGGAGCCCACACCAACAUCCUGCUCCUGGAGUGCGAUCCCAAGGUCAUGACCCCAGGCCACCUGUGUCAAAGGAUGGGUCAGGUGAGUGAGGAGGAAGCCAAAGCCACAGGACAGAGGGUCGUCGUUCGAAUAUUGCCGUUCACAGAAUAUGCCGCCCGACUGGUUGUUCAUUGUGAUAUCACAAAAGAGGAUAUCAAAUCGGUGAUUAAGAAGCUAAAAUACGUUAUCAAGGAAUUCAAUAGCCAAACUGUGAUCGCCUCUGUGCCUUAGCGUCACAAUAGUCUUGAGAAGAGGCCAAAGGUGCCAUUAACCCAUUGUGUGCCUCUGUAACCCCUGUACACCACCGCCCACGGGAUGGGUAUGGGGUGCAUAAUAAAGAAAGGAAUUGAA